AUGUCGCCAGUGGGGAAGGUGUCCCAAGUACAGGAUGGCAAAGUCUACCAGCAGAUCUUCCAGGCCCAGGUGCAGCUGGUUCAGUCUCUGGCAGCCACCAGGAAGCGGGCUGCAGAGCAUUCUGAGAUUCCAAAGAAUGCCAAGACACCCAUGAUGAAGAAGGUGCCGUUACCUGAGGGAGAAACCAUGACCCCUCGCCAGAGGAAGUGGGUGCGUAGCCUCCCCAACGACUGGGUCACGGAAAACCCAGUUCUCUAUAGGGAAAAUGAAGAAGCCAGGAAGGAGAGGGAGCGUCUGACGGAGGACAUGAUUGCUUCCCAAGAGGUGCAGGGCCUCUUGGACAACAUAGUUCCUGAGAGGGUGAGCGACCUCCAAGAGCAAGAAGAAUACAAGAAGAGGAAGUAUGUGCGUGCACUGGCGUGCUUUCAGGAGGAGCUGGAGCAGAUUGGGGUGGCGAUGGAACCGCUCAUCCUGCAGAAAGGGGAUCUUCUUUUGAAAAAGAUUUCGAAGUCUGACGAGGAUGUUGACAAGCUGUUCAAGAAAGUCGAAGUGGAACCAGACCUCGAGAGCUACACUAUUGAAACCCUGUUGGAACUGUGGGAAAAGGUGGCUGAAAGAUUCAUGCAGCAGAAGCAGGAGAUUAAGGAGUUGGAUGAAGAGCUGUUGGCACUGGAGGUCUCUCGAGCUGACAAGCUAAAGGAAGUGCUGAAGAGAUACGUCGGCAUCAUAGAGAAGACCUCCUAUAUCCUGCAGCCCGAUGUAUACAGGUUGAUAGAUAAAGAGGCCAUGGCCAUGAACCAGGCUCUCCUGGGCAACCGGAGGGCCAUCGCCCAGCUCCUAGUCAACCUGACUGAGGCCACCCUACAGCAGGAGCUUGACAACCGCCACCGCUGGCAGGGGCUGGUGGACACCUGGAAGGCUCUCAAGAAGGAGGCCCUGUUGCAGAGCUUCAGUGAGUUCAUGGCCAGUGAGGACAUCCAGGAGCCCCCAGAGGUGAAGAAGGAGCUAGAAGCAAUGCAGAAGAACCAGGAGGCCCUUCAAAGAGUGAGGCUCGAUCACAUCUGCACCAUCUGUGACCUCCUCCCGCCUAACUAUAACAAAACCCAGCUGUCUGAGUGGUAUGACUCUCUCACCUCCCUCAACAAGCAGCUCGACACCUACCACAUGGACUGCAUGUCGCUGGUUCGCUUCCUGUAUGAGAAGAUUUGGCAGCAGUGCCUGUCCCGUGUGCAGGAAUGCAAGCAGCAGCUGCUGGACUGGAGAGCUUUCUCUGAAGCAGAGGCAGAGAGCCUAGUAAAUCCAACCUUCUUCCUAAUGGUGGGGGAAUUCCAAAGCAAGGUGGAGAAGCAGCUGGAGCUCCUGGAUAGCUCCUUUGAGGCUUUGGCCAGGGAGACAGAAUUGCAGAGCUCGGACCUCUUCAGGUAUUUCCAGGAGGCUGUGAGACUGUGGGAGGGGCACCAGAGUGUCCUGUUGGGACAAGAGCUGGAGCUAGAGAAGAGGAUAGAACAGCAUCGGCAGAAGCACAACCAGGAGACCCAGAACCAAGAGACUUCCCUGGAUAAGCUUCUAGACCAAAUGAGACAGCAAAGUCAAGAGGAGUCGCUGAAGGCACACAUGGAGAAGGCCAGGAUCUUUCUGAAGAACAUGAAGUCCAGGUACGAAUGUUUUCACAUCCUGCUGACCAAAGAAGUGAUGGAGUACCCGGGGUUAGUGCUGAAAGAACUCAACUGCUAUAGCUUCACCCUCAGCCGACACUUCUUCAUUCGGGAAAUCUUUGAGCAGAACUUGGCUGGGGAAGUGAUUUUUAAAUUCAGGCAACCAGAAUCCCACGAGACACUCUUCAUGCAUAAAAUAAGGAAACUGAAGAAAAAACAAAGGGAGGCAGUGAGGUUACACAAAGAUGAAGAAAGCACAGAGCCAGACCUGGGGUCCGAGAAGCCAACAGAAGGCACGAAAGGAGAGGGGAGCGAAGAAUCAGAGCCCAGCACGGCUGGAGAGGCACUGAGCCAGCAGAACAAGUCCCCGCAGAGUGACAAGACGGAGGGGCCCAAAGACGAGUCUUCCCAAGGAGCUGAAGAAAUGCCGGGCAUGAGAGAGACCUCCUCAGAGGCGUCUCAGGGCCUAGAAACUCCGAAGUCUCAGGAAGAGAUAGAGGAAGAGGAGGAAAUAAAAGAGGAGAGAGAAGAGGAAGAAAUAAGAGAAGAGAGAGAAGAAGAGGAAAUAAAAGAGGAGAGAGUAGAGGAGGAGGAGAGGGAGGAAGAAUCUGUGGAGGAGAUACCCUAUGAAGAAAUGGAGUUCUUCACAACUGCAAGUGGGAACACUUACUUUGCUUUCCUGUCUGUGGAAGAUGAGCAGCAGAUCCACAGUAGGCCCCACUCCCACCACGGUGUGCUCUUCCAAGACUCUUUCAGCACCAAGUACAUAGAGCAAGUGGCUAUUCCUCAAAAACUAAUCCUCCAGGUUAAGAAAGGGCUUCGAGCUGGCUUCUUCGAACACCUUGAGAAAUGGUUUGACCAGUGUGCCCUCAAUGCUCGCAUCGUAGUGGCCGCCAAGGUUGAUGAACUGGAUUCAGAGCUGGAGCUACGGCUGCACCUGCACAAGCCAAGACUCGAGCAAGUGGAGAAGGAUAUUCACAACGUCAGGGCAGCUGAGCUCCUGCUCCACCAAGAGAGGCUGGACAGCCACUGUGCCGGUGUGAUCGAGACACUGAAGAAGGAGAGGCUGAUGUUCUGUCAGUUCCAAGAAGAGCAAGCUGUACGGAGCAGAAACUUCCGCCGCAAGAUCUAUGACAUGGAGCACAUUUUCUUGAAUGCCACCAAAAGCCAAAAGCUGGUUAGUCUCACCAAUACACUACACCGGGAGCUGCUCAGCUAUGUGGAUGUCAUCCAGGUGUCCCUGCGAAGCUUCCGGCAGUACCUGGAAGAGAGUCUGGGCAAGCUCCGCUACACCAACAUCGACUUUGUCAAGCACUGCAGAUUGUUCUCAGAGGGUGGCAACUUUUCCCCUGAAGAAAUUGAGACACUGUGCCACCGACUGGAGAAGGAAGCUACCCGGAUUGAGUUUGUUGAAAGUUUAAUCAUGAUCCACAUGGAAAAGAUGGAGACGGAGUACCUGGACCAGGCCAAUGAUGUCAUCAACAAAUUUGAGAGUAAAUUCCAUAACCUAUCUUCAGACCUUAUUUUCGUAGAGAAAAUCCAGCGGCUGAUGACAAACCUUCAAGUGAAUAUCAAGUGUCAGGUGGCAAAGUCCAAUUCCCAAGCAGAAGGAUUAAAUUCUUCUCUGGAACAGCUUCAGCAGAAGAUACAAACGUGCCAAGGCCACCGAGGAGAUAAGGAAAUGGUGACCACAGAUGAUCUCCUUGCCUUUGUCCGAACCUGGAAAGAAAAACUGAGCUUGAGGAUUAAGUACCUCAACUGCAGCCUGGACAUGGUGUCCAUCACUCAGGAGGUCUUUACGGACACCAUCCUGACUGACACUGAGAUGGAGAGUGAUAUCCACAUGAGUGCAGAGGCCCUUGAGGAGGACACCAAGGUGGGCCUUGUCACCCCCGAGUCCUUUGCCCAACCAACCCGCAUGGGGAGGCCCAUGAUUGAAGACCCUGCUGUGGACGUGGUCAGAAGGAUCCUUCAGUGAGUACCCACACCAUGGCCCAUUGCAAAAUCAACAUACCCAUGUGAUAAGGAUCGCUCGCAAACAGGUAGAAACACAGACCUGUGGGGCUCGGAAGGCAGUGGCAGGGAAGCUGGUGGCAGCUGUAACCUAUCAUCACCUCUUCUCUGUUGUUGACCGGGAUACUUGUCACCCAAAGCCUUGAAGAGACAUCGGUACCGGGCAGAGAAGGCUUUAAAGAAGGCUUUGGCCAGCUCCAGUGUUACCUCAGCAGGGAGCAUGACACGACAUCCCAAGUACAUCAGAGCUGACAAAAAGUACCAGGUGCUCGGGGAAAAGCCUUCUUCUCAGGCUGAGGAUUUUAAAGGCAUCAUCCAGAAUCUCCUGUGGGAGAGCAAUGAGCACCUGCUGGUGGUCGUGGAGGAUUUUUACCGUAAAGAGAAACGCCCAGUCACCAGGCCUGAAUGCAUGUAUGAAAACUUUGACCAGUGCGCCGACCACAUCAGCAAGAAGAUCUUAGAAUAUCUCCAUCAGACGGAUGAGUACCACAACUCCUGCCUUCUGGAAUUACGUGCCCAGGUGAGGAGGUUUGAGGAACUGCUGCCCCAGGUGUGUUGGCUGGUGACGGAGAACUACAAGGAACAGCACUGGAGCAAGUUUUGUGCAUCCAUGAAGGAGGUCCGGGAGCAGUUCGAGCAGCAGCAGAAGCAGCUAGAAAAGGAGAAGGAAGAAAAUGCUCAGAAGCUCCACCCAAAUCUUGGCCAUCCCACAUAUGCCAAUCAAAUGGAGUCACUGCAAAUCAUGGAGGAGCUGAGGCAGCAGGAGCUGAACCGGGUGAUCUACACGAACCAGGAGAAGAUGGAGGAAUUUGCCAAGAAGUAUGCCCGCUUCUUCAUAGCAAACUUGGCUUCCUUCACAGAGAGGUUCCUGAUACAGCUGGAUGAAGUGAUCACCAUUGAUGACAUUCAGGUUCCCCGGACGGAGCCCCAAAAGCAGAAAGUGUCGAUCCUCAUACGGAGGAAGCUGGCCAUGCUCUCUCUGGAGGAAGAGAGCGAGAAGCCCCUGAUUGAGCGUGGGAGCAGGAAAUGGCCCGGAAUCAAGCCCAACGAAAUCACCAUUCAAAACAAGAUACUGACUCGGAGGACACCAUCAAUAACCACCAAUAAGACCACCCUGGGCCACUUGGCUGCCGUAGAAGCCCGUGAUGCCGUUUACCUGAAAUACUUGGCACUGUUUGACAAAGAACUGAAGGGUAUCCAGGACGACUUCAAGACGCUGCUGUUGGAGUCUCAGCGCUGGAAGGAAAGCUGGAAGCGUUCCCUCAGCACCAUCCAGACCCUCUAUUCCACCCGUCCUUCUCCGUACCUCAAAUAAAGUUUUCAUUUCUC